UCUAACCAUGGUUAACAGUGUCUCUCUUCCAUUGAAAUCGCAGACAAAUAUCUGUGUCUCAACACCUUUCUCUCCCAACCCUUUUUUAUCGGUGAUUAGAUUUGGUGGAAUGGCAUCUGAGGUGGCCGACGCGGAGAAGCAGCAGCACAAGCUCGAGAGGAAGUGGACCUUUUGGUUCGAUAACCAGUCCAAGCCCAAGCAGGGCGGCGCCGCCUGGGGCUCUUCUCUUCGCAAGGGAUACACAUUCGACACCGUCGAAGAAUUCUGGUGUUUAUAUGACCAGAUAUUUAGACCUAGCAAGUUCCCUGCAAAUGCUGAUUUUCACUUAUUUAAAGCUGGAGUGGAGCCCAAAUGGGAAGACCCCGAGUGUGCUAAUGGGGGCAAGUGGACUGUGACUAGCAACAAAAAGACUGAUCUGGAUAGCAUGUGGCUUUCAACUUUAAUGGCUCUUAUCGGAGAGCAGUUUGACGACGCUGAUGAGAUAUGUGGAGUGGUUGCCAGUGUGCGCCAAAAGCAAGAUAAACUCUCGUUAUGGACCAAGACUGCAGCCAAUGAAGCAGCUCAGAUGGCCAUUGGAAGGAAGUGGAAGGAAGUGAUUGAUACCACUGACGAGAUCUCAUACGGCUUUCAUGAUGAUUCGAGAAGAGAAAGUAGAGCACCAAGAAGUCGAUACCAAGUGUGAAGCAAGAGCCUAUGCUGUUGUCGAAUCAUGCUACUGAUUAAGUUCCCAAACUUAACCGAGAGCUGCGAUCCUCUCUUCCUAGUGAAUUACUGGUGUUUUGUCUCUCAGUCUAUCUGUUAUAUUAUGAAUGUGAAGGAUAUUUUCAUUUUCAUUCUACAUGUGUUUUGAUGAGCAGAUUGUUGUAAAACUUUUUACUAUAAAUUUUGAAUAUUAGCAAAACAUGUAACAGCUCAUUCAUCUACCA